AUGGCCACGAAGGAGUUCAAACGCGCCGCUCGCAUCAUUCUCGUCGGUGCGCCUGGCGUUGGCAAAGGAACACAGGCCGAGCGGCUCAUGAAACGUUUCCCUCAAUUGUCCGCUGUGAGCUCUGGGGAUCUUUUGCGCAAUGCCGUUCGCAAUAAAACGCCCUUGGGCCAAGAAGCAGAAUCCCACAUGCAAUCCGGCUCCUUAGUCCCCGACGACAUGAUCCUCCGCCUCAUUCUCUCUGAAUUGAAAUCCAAAUCUUGGAUCCCACCCAGCACCUCCCUCACCGAUGCCGGCCCCGCCCUCCCCUCCUCCUCCCCCACCGCCUCAUUCAUCCUCGAUGGCUUCCCCCGCACCUCGCCUCAAGCGUCAAAACUCGACUCGCUCAUUCCUAUAAACCUAGUGGUGUCACUAAUCACUCCGGUCAACAUCAUUCUGGGUAGGAUAGCGAAUCGAUGGGUGCAUGCGCCGAGUGGGAGGGUUUAUAAUACGGGCUUUAAUAAACCGAGGGUGGAGGGGAGGGAUGAUGUGACGGGGGAAGCGCUGACGAAGAGGGAGGAUGAUGGGGAGGAGACUUGGAAGGCUAGACUGAAGAAGUUUGAGGAGACCAGCGAGCCUCUGCUAGAGCAUUAUGAGAGACAAGGGGUGCUGUGGAGGGUAGAGGGUAACAGUAGUGAUGAGAUUAGUCCAAAGCUUUUUGGGGAGUUUGAGAGUAGGUUUUGUUGA